AUGUCUAUACAGUCACCCAAUCCGCAUUCUGAAGAUGUGUUUCACUCGGCCCGAUCGUCUCCGCAGCCUGACGUAGGAUAUGCCGGAAUUUCUUCCCUCGAGGCUAUGGGCAAGAUGCCGCGACAGUCGCUUCGCCGACCCACGAAGCCGGUGAGUUAUGAGCUUGCGAAUCACUCCAAAGCAUACCUUGAAGCGGAGCAAUAUGCUGGAGGAUUCACCUUCUUAAACGCGCUUCUCACGACUGGAACUUCCAUCUCUACUCCCGCGAAACCCCACCACGCAUAUCUGCCUCCCGCGUCACAGAUUUGUCUCGCCUCUACGCUUGUGGUAUACCCACAAAUAACCACUAAACACUUGUCUCGCGAGAAAGUCAAAGGUGCAGAUGCCGCGUUGCGGUAUCUACAAAGCAUCUUCAACACCGUCUCCCCACUCGACCCGACUCUAAAAGAAGCCUUCUCCUUUCCCGACGAACGUGCAAGGCGGCGCAACGCCACUAGGUACACCAGUGGAAACAACCCGUCGAUCGACCACAGCAAUAUUGAACAGCUCGUAGACCUAGCUGCAACCUCUCAAUCGUUAUACACACGCGCAGAUGACUUCUGGCACAUCGUUGGGUGGGCGUUCAACUGCUCGGUAACAGAUCGGCCUCGCUGGGAGAGAUGGAAAGUAUGGCUAGAGGCAAUGCUGAGCUUCCUUGAAAUUGAGUGGGAGGCUCGUGUCAAAACAAGCAGAGAAGCAGAUAAUGCCGAUAGCGUGCUUACGGAAAGCCUGCUGUGGCAUUACAUUGCUAGUCAAGAUCCGACAAAUCGAUCAAACAGGCGAAGGGUGAUAAAGGCAAUUAUGGCAAUGGGCACUUCUCAGUCCAAAUCACAAUACCCGGAGGUUUGGCUGAACGAACUUGUACGUGCGAAGUCAGUCAACAAGAACACCGUCCCAGAAAAAAUUGAUAUAGAGAAUGGGGAAUUGGGUGAUUUCCUGGAUGGUUCCGAAGAUGUGGCAAUGGAUGAUGCACCCGGCCUAUCUGCAAGGCCAGCAAGAUCUAAGAGGUCGGCGGCUAGAAACAGUGAUGAAAAAGACCCUUCGCUCUCUACUGAUGACGACUUCGCCUUCAAGGAUGUCGAUGAGGCAGUGGCUCGCAUGGGGGGAAACGAAGCUAUUACUCUCCGCCAGCGCCUGAUUGCAUUGCUCGCACAGGUCGCUCAAGCCCUCCCCUCACACUUCACUAAACUCAACGACCUCUUCGAUUCCGUCGUUGAAAUUGCGAAUCCUCUUCCCACCAUUAUGUUCAGUCUCCUACUAUCCACAUCCAGAUUACCGAAUACCCUCCAGAUGGCUUUCAGUGCCAAUUCAAUCCUCCCUCUCACAUCCGGCGGCCAGCUACCGGACUAUAGCCUCAUUGCGCCACUACAAGCGCAUCUCGAACUAUACCUGCUCCCACGUCGCGCAACAACCCAAAGCUACGCCGCGAAUGCCAAAAUCUCCAUAAUUCUAGAGCAGAUGUUCAUGUGCAUGAUGGACACCAAAUCACUAACGGCAAGUGAAAGUCUGCGUGCAGUAGUAGAACGCGGGAUCCAAGAGCGACUCGAGGUGUAUGGAACGGCAAGGGGGAAGAAAACCAACGCUCAUGAGGAGGGUCAGGCUAAGCGCCUGAUGGAAGCUAGCUCAGAUAGACUUCUAGGCUUGCUGGAAGUGCUGGAGAUCUCGCAGGGUCUCCCGCCGCAGCCACCAAAAAAGAAGAAGCAAGAGCUGAUUUCGUUCUCCUCGACGCUGUCGGAUGAGUUGUCAUCGCCGCCGGAAACGGAUAUGGACGAAUUUCUGCAGGAGAUAAUGACGGAUAGCGAGUGA